CUUAAACGAAGAUUGCAAGAAACCGGCGUUCAGAUCUAAACGCUUUUUAAUUUAUUGCCAACGCUCCGACGAAAAGUUACGAUAACGACAACAACAACAACGUCUAUUUAAUUAUUGUUCGGUUUUUUCUAAUUUUGAAGAAAAGACACUGCUUUCUGAAAAUUUGGUCAUAGACAAAAACAGGGUUUCGAAAUAGUGUUUACUUACGACAUUCGAAACAGACAGCCCGUUUGUAUAUAAGCGAAUACCAAUAACACAGACCAACUGAACGCGAUCUAACUUAAUAUAUCGCUUAACGUUACUGAAAGGUAACCCGAAAUAGUACUAUCCUCGCACAUAUAUAGAAUAUAUCGAAAUUUUUAUAGUUGCACCUAUUCAUUUUUGGUCGAUCCUUUCACAAUGUAACUCGGCAACCGAAUAUUGUGGGUUAAAGUGUUAGCAUGAAAUAUUCGUUAAGAUGCAAUAUUUUUUUGAGCGAAUUUUGAAAAAUGCAUACUGUGGCGUUUAAGAGACAUUGCAGAGCGACUAGCAGCCGUAAAGGACAAUGUAUUUUGGCGGGAAACUACAAAAGACUUCUUUCAUAGGCAGUCGGAUACUGAUGACUGGUUAUGUGCAGGAUACCAUCAAAUUAGAAAAAUUGGUCGGCUUUUGGUAAAUGAAGGAAUUUGCUUUUGCAGGCCAUUCUCCCGACCACAAAUAGAAGAAGUCUAUUUUAUUCAUUGUUGAUUGCUUUUUGUGUACAAAAAACUGCGAAUGACACGAACAAACAUGGUUCUGGUCUCACCGUUUCUUAUUUGUGAUUUUCUGCAGGGGAGCAGUUUGCAAAAAAACGUGUGUUGUUUAAUUUUUACUGGUAACAUAUCAUGUUGGAGCAGCUGUUAUAACUAUAAUACAGAGUAUUUUAUCAUUUGAAUUAACUAUAUUUUUCUACUGCAGUGUUUGUUCCACUGCCCAGUGACAAUAGGUGUUAUUUUUAAAUAUACGCUGUUUUAAACUGCAUAGCGAAAAUAUCCUAUGAUAAAUAUUGUGUUUAUUGAAAUUCCUAAUUAAUUUAGGCAAGGCGUUUUCAAUUUACGUCCACAGGACAUACUAAACUUAGAUCGUGUUGCACGGGUCUCUACACUCACGAUGUUUUGUUCUAGAUCACUGCGAUAUAGUAUUCAAGCAUCGGAAUAAGUAUACGUCAAUAGGGAACGACUGAGAAAAAGAUGGGGUUGAUAGACAACAGAAAAAGGGGUAAGUUAUCAAGGCACGCGCUCAAACGCAGUUAGUUAAUGUUUCAUCGUUCCGACAGUUAAGGAGACACGCGAGGUUUUAGUCCAGAAACGUCAUUUCUUUGGUAGAUUGUGCACUUCUGUUAACAUAUUGCUUAAUAUGCCACUAAAAUUAGAUCUAGCUAUUUUUACAUUGAUAAAACAUAAAAUAAAUGUUUCUACAAAGGUUACUUGAAUGAUCAAUUUUUGUAGUCGCAAUGCUGGGUCUAAGAGGCAAGGGAAAUAUUUUCCUCAUGCCUGGGAAGAGGUGCUCCUUUUAAUCAAUACAAGAAUGAUUUUUUAUUAACAUAUUGUUAAAACCGAUAUUAUUGUUUGAGCUUCUUCUCACAAAAUGGCUACCAUACGAUCGAACUGAACCUCAAACAGCAAUAUUUUUUAUUCAGUAGCGUAAAUAUAUCAUCCAUUUAGAUGGUUUACGAAUAUCCGGAAAUGAGCGGUUUGUGUCGAGGGUAAAUUUCUUAUAAAAGCAGUUUGUAUGAUAAGGCCGAAACAACUCAAAAAAAUUUAGGGUAGCCGCGAUAUAUGUGGCAUCUUAUGUUAAGUAUCUUCAUUCACACAAGUUGUGUAGCAUGUGUGGGACUUGAAGCAGUGACUCCUGAUCUCUCAAAUGUUAUAUUAUACAACUAGCUCAAACUCAUUUCUUUUGACCAAGGCCUCUAUAUAAAUUUUCAAGUUAAUUUUACCCUAUGCUGUUAUGAAUCUUGGAUAUAAACAUUUUAACCUGAAUAUUUCAAUUUCUUCAUAAUAGCACCAGUUCGCUGGUACUUCUGGCAAGCCUAUUUCUAUUUUUUGCUUAUUAUAGACUUCGCUUGCUUUGUUUUUUACUGUUGCACACACGCAAUUUUAAACUCGAAUUUGGCGCGCUUGAUACGAAUGUGGUCCGUUAAGGUGGUACCAAAUGUGGUACAAUUGACGCCGCUACAAGCUCGUCGUCGUUUAGCUAGUGAUGCUGAUGGUAGCUAACACUUGGUGGUCGUAGUGGGCUGUGCACAACGCCUGGCCUGACGUCAUUUGUCGAGUAGCUACUGCUGCAGGAGACUUGAAGUACAACUGCAACAGCGUCCGCAGUAGCGGUGGUUGACACUACACGGCUUGGCCUGGUGGGCCUGCUGCUCGUCUUUACCUUGAUUGGACUUGUUCAAGCGACAGAAUCAGUACACGCCGUUUCGUAACUAUUAUCUGCCAGUUAACUACUGAUCGUUGCGAGGUGAAGCAGCACAGGGACGAUAAACGAUCAGCUAGUUAACCGGGAAGGCUGCAAGACGAACAGACAGGUAGGCAGGCAGGUAAGAACUGCCAGACUUCGUCGCACCAUUGUAGCCGCCGGCCUGUGGUGAGGUGAGGAAGCGCCGUGAACUUCUACUAACUUAGGACGGUCAGCCUCGAGCAGUCGUCGUAAUCAUGUAAUAACGUUGUGUGUGGCACUUUCACCUGGGAUACAAUAAACCGGCGACCAGCAGUAAACACAAUCGAGCCAACUUCGAGACAUCCAGGUCUCACUCAGCUAACGUAUGAACGGAACCAGCAGCAGCAGUCUGCAAACCCUAGGGACACCGUAAUGGUGCAGCCAGACAGGUGCCAGUUGUUAAACUAGUGGUGCUCAGUUUAUGCAGUUGUUUAGAGAGAGAAGGGGAAGAAAGCGAGAGGGGAACGAGACAGAACUUUGAUAUAGCUAAGCGAUUCGGGUAGACUCUCAGCCCUUCAGACUCAUCCGGUUUCGUGGGAUUGUCCGCGGUGGAAGAGUAUUCUCAUCUGAAGAUUUGCGGCGGUGCUCUAAUCUGCAAUAGGAGGUGGUGUCGUGUCCAUCCGAUCCGUUUCGGUGUGGGUGGUCGACCCCAUCGCCACUGAUUUUACAGCGGGAAUAAGGGUCUCGUUUGGACAUCUCUCAGCCCAGGGGCGUUUGUUGCUCACAAAGGGUUUUCCGUCCAUUGUCUCCGCCAGCUUCAUCGGCGCCAGCAGCGUCCAUCUUCAGCAGCACUUCAACAGCGUGGCCUCUUCCGUCGGCUGAUCGAGUUCGAGUUGAUUGACACCCCAUCGGUGGGGUUCCAGGUCGUCUACAACUGCUUCAUCUGCGCGAGCUUCCACUGGUACAUGUACAAGCCGGAUACAGAACCUGAGCAAUAGGAAGACUAAGGAAUAUAGUCCUGCUCGAUCCCUCCAAAUUGCUCGCAUUGGUCCCGUGAUAGCGUAAUGGGUAACGUAUUUACCUACUAAUGUUAGGGACGCGUGGUGGUUUAGGUUCGCAGCUAAGCGUAGACACACUUUAUUUUGUGUUAGAAAAGGCCGGCUGGCUAAAAUAAUUCUUAAUAGCGGUACUGGACGUAAAACUCGAGAAACACUAAUUUAUUUUGCUUAGAUUCGAGAACGAAUGUCGACGAUAGGGGAUCGCUUAUGUGAUAGUGUUUGGCAGUUGUAUUGUUUCCAUUAAUCACCUUAUGCUUUAGUCAAAGGCAAAACAGGAACUGAGUCAAAUAGAAUAAAAAUUAGCGAAAAGAUGGGUAAAUAGAAUGAAGUGGCUACCCUGGCUAUGUUGGUCCCCUCUUAAUGAAUGGCCGUACCGUGUAGCGCAAGGGUGUCCGAAUAAUGAGAAAACAAAAGCUGCUUUUAUUAGCAAUCUUGAAGCUAGUAACGUGUAACUUAUUAGCUGUGCACUUGUUGGUCGCCCCUAAAAAAGACCAGUAGUUGCGUAAGCGGAAUAUCAGAACGCUACUUAGCAAGAUUGCAUAGGAUAGAAUUUUCAGGAACGUUCACAGGGAAUAAGAUCACUGCUGUUCUGUAUAACUACUAAAGAUAUGGAGACUACGCCAGUAUGAUCGGCAAAAUGUUACUCCGCUUGGCCGGAAAGUCCAUCUGGCAAUUUUAUUAAUACAGAUAUAAAUGUAUCAUUCACAAAUAUAAUGAAAUAGUAAGAUUGUUAUAACAAAGAAAACUAAUUACUGUUCUGUGAAGACGUAACUAUAAAGCCUCAAAAUAAUGGUACCUGCUCCGCUUUUACAAUUUAUUAUUCCGCACAUAGAAGUUCGUAGAUACUCUUGUAUGGAGCUAUUGAGAUUAUGCUAAUCCAUAGAAUAAGAAGCUAAAGGAGUUAAGUUAACAAACUAAAGAAACUGCUUCUUGGUAAAAUUUGCUGCAUGUGUAGGGAUAAACACGUUGAACGAAACUUAAUCUCUCCGUUAAGCGAUGACGUAUUUUUGUCUUUCCAAAUGUAAGUUGGCAUAUAAAUCCGCCUUACGUUUAAGUUAUUCUCGUUUGAGCGUUUUCAUUUCGACAUAAUUUAAAGGCCCAGCUGGAGUUUCCGGAAUACCGUCAUUUCCCAAAGGAGAUCUAUAGUUUUCAGUUUUUUGACGUGUACACCUUGGUCGCAAAUGCUGGACACGAAUUUCUACUAAAUUUGCCUGUCGUCCCACUGUCUACUCUUUAUAAACGGAAACGCGAAACGACUGAAGGAAACAAGUUGGUUUUCAGAAUUCGGAUUCUUCCCUUUUGACUAUCCACAACAUAGACAAUGUCGCACAUCAUUAUUCGACUCCAGAAUCUCCCAUGGGAGGCCAAUUCGCAAGAUAUUCGUCGGUUUUUCGAAGGCUUGUCGAUCCCCGAAGGAGGGGUCCACAUCGUGGGCGGCGACAGAGGCGAUGCCUUCAUUGCAUUUGCAACAGACGAAGACGCCCGCCAGGGAAUGGCCAAGGACGGCCAAGAAAUCAAAGGCAUAAAGAUUAAGCUUCUUCUUAGCUCCAACAACGAAAUGCAGAAAAUCGUCGAGCAGGCCCGUCAAGCCCAUCUGAAUAUGCUAAGUAGAGCGCAGGUCGCACCGAUCGCCGCCCCUGUCGUUCCUCUGCCAGUGGUAACAGCACCCAAAAUACUGGAAGUAGCCAAGAAAAGUCCCGAGGUCGUCGUAAUUAAGGAGGACCCACCUCGUAAGAGAUCCCGCUCUCGUUCAAGGGAUCGCAGACGAUCGCGAUCAAGGGAGCGCAAACGAGAUCGUUCCCGCGACCGAAAAAGGUCUCGAAGCAGGUCCCGCGAUAGAAACAAUCGUAGCCGCGGGGGAAGGAGGAGGUCCCGUUCAAGAUCCAGAGAUCGUAGAGACCGUAAUGGACGUGACAGGAGACGAAGCGAUGAUAUGAAAGAUGGCAACAGUCGUGAUCUACCUGGCGAGCGUGAUCAGCAAUCACAGCCAGCAUCGGAAAAUAACGAUACACCCGUGUGGGAGCCUGGCAUGCAGCCGGGAGCUGCUGCCCUGGGCGGUGCCGCAUUAUCUCUAAUAGGUUUACCGGGCUUGGGAGGGCUACCAGCCAAUUUCACCAAUUUGCUUCAAGGCAUGCAAGGUGGGCUUCCGGUCAAUCCACUGGUAAUGGCGCAAGCCCUCGCGCAAACUGCGGCCGUCCAACAGACUGCUACAGUUCCCGCUUUGCCCACCAUUCCUGAAUUGGCCCAACCCAGACCGAACGUAUCACCGGCUGUCACUCUUCCUACGGUCCCUAAGAUCGCCGGACUAAAGAACGCCCUUCUCCCGACUCCGGAUGCCACUCCAGCUCGAAAGGCCACUCCGCCACCCCCCAGUAACCUUCCUGUGUUUCCCAUGUUCAAGAAUCAGGCAAAUGCUAACGCCGGGGGUUCAAACGCAAGCAGCGCUAACAGUACGAAUUCGACGAACUCAAAUUCUACUACAGCAACAACUAAUGGGAACGGGGUUACUAUCGAGACAUUACACUUCAAAAUGUCGGGCAUGCAGCAACUCCCGAACUAUAUCGAUGUUAAGCAUUUCUUCUGUGGUGUUAGCCUCCCGAAUGGCAGUAUUCGCUUUAAAUGGGAGGCUCGCUUUCCGGUCAUCUUUAUCAAUGUCAAAGAUCUGGACGACGCCAAGGUUGUCCAAAGGCUUGACGGGGAGCUGCUUGGCCAGACUCCGGUGCACAUGAAGUCCAUUGACAGGAUUGAGUUCCUCAAGGGCGAGGAAUUCUACGUAGAAACUCCGCACCAGUUGGACUCUCUUCGUUUUAAUCGUCCCGGUCAGGGACUCGUUUUGGGCGGACGGGCCAAGCCUAUCGAGCAGGAUCUGGUAGUGGUCAUUAUCGGCAUUCCCUUUGAAGUAACGGAGCACGAUGUGAGGGAGUUCCUUAGUGGAAUUAACGUCACGGAGAUCUUUAUCGAGUACAACCAAGCGGGACAUAGUGUGGGACACUGUUUUGCUAAGCUAGCCUCUCACAAUGAUCUGGAGCUUUCACUCGGCCAAUGCGGCAAACGGAUUAAGCAUCGCAAUGUCGAGGUAUUAGUCGCUAAUAAGCAUAUUUUCACGGAAUCGAAGGAGCUGUAUGAGAAGAAACGCCGUCCUGGAGGAGGAACUGCAGCAGGAACAGUAACUGGAGCUCAACGCCCGCCCCGAAACCACGAAAAGAGGCCGUCGAGGUUUUCAAACAUCGAAGACCCGCCCGCCCUACCUGCGAUGCCACCUCCAACUGGCCGCUUCGGCCUCGAUCCAUCAAAGACAGUGUUAUCCAUACAUGGCUUACCAUUCGACUGCGUUGAUCGCCAAAUUAAAGAUAUGUGCCUCGAACUCGGUGUCAAAACGGAUCAGAUCCACAUAAAAAAUGGCAGCAAUCCCCGCGAACCAAGUUGCGCGUUUGUUGAAUGUCUGAACGCCGAGGAUGCUGCGGUCGUCGCGAACAUGAGUGGCCAGCCAUACUAUGGAUACACAUUGACUAUUGAGGCGGUAACAGUAGAGUUUAUGCGAAAUAGCAUGAACCUUCCUAUUUCCGCUCCUCCCAUGCCGCCAUUUGGUAUGCCCCCGAUGGGCCCACAAGGAUUUGAUGGUCCUGCUGGAGGACCUUUCAGGGGCAGGGGACGAGGUCGUGGGCGAGGCGGUGGUGGCGGUAGGGGACCGCAAGGACAUCAACAAUUUCCGCCCAUGAACGGUGUUAUGCCAUAUCCAGCAGCGGGACCGGGAGCCGGCAUGGGUAUGCCGAUGGGAGACCCAAUGGGAGGUGCUCACAACGGAGGCAGCGUGGUGCCACCUUCUGUCAAGGCCGCACUUCCUGAACUGCCGAUUCUCUCACCCACGGACCCCUUCGCGAAUCCGCAAUGCGUUGUGGCUAUCUGCAACCUUAACUAUGGGGCAGGUGUUGAGGACCUAAUUGAAGUUUUCAAGGACUACAACAUUCGAAAAGAUCUCAUUAUGCGCAGGUACAACGAACAGAACCAACCAACAGGAGAUGCUCGUGUGGCGUUUGCCAACCCCCAGGAUGCUGCAGAAGCUGUUAAACGUUUCAACGGUACUCAGUUACUUGGACGGACACUUCGACUCACGCUUCUGGCGCGUUAAUAGCGUCUUGUAGUUAGCACUAAUAUCCUAACAUGGUUUGCUAAACAUAACAGACAUAUAUGCUAUAGCCCUUACUAGCGCCAUUACCAUAUCGACCAGUUUCAGCCUAUCGACAUACGCAGGCAGGAAUGCCGACGGAGUCGGGACGAGAUGGAAGAUCAGUCAUCGUUAACAGCGCGGACAAACCCUGUUAGUAAAUCAUGCAUGACCGAAGUUCAACAAAUUCUUCUUCAAUGCAACAUGUGUUUGCCUCGAGUGCGUGGCCACAACCGGAGCAGUCAAAUCACUUUACACAUAUUAAUAUAGAUAAGAGUAUAAGAUAUAGAGAGGCAAACAUUACUCAUUACAUUGAAAACAGUUGAACGAUUUUGUUAGCCAUUGUAGUAUGAUUACAUUAUUAUGUCUUUGUUAUGAUUACGUUUCUCGUAUUAUAUUGAAAUGAUGGAGCUGUACGAUUCUGCUUAUUUUGUGUUGGCACCAUAACACCAAAGUGUGUAUAAGGCAGCAAAAUAUCGUCACUACGCAGUAAAUUGAAAUGCGAUCAUCUAGUUUAGAUAGCGGAAAGACCAUUUCAAGUGUUUACAAAACGAAGAUAUGAUCAUUGUUAUGUUACGGUCGAGAAAGCUAGAAAUGUAAAAAGCAUAAUGACAAUAUCAUCAUAACGUAGUAAUUGUAAUGAUUGAGAUAAGUGUGUCAUCCUAGCUAAUAAAGACACCUCAUAGAUGUCCGUCAUAUGCGUUUACCAAAUACUACUCGUACACAAACAAAAUUGCUAAUAAUUAUAAAGAUUACAAGAAUUAGUUAGAAAACUAAGCAACGGUAUAGCUAUAAUUAUAUUAUACAUAUGAAAAUGAAUGUAAUCUUAGUAGUGUCGACUUCUGGUAGAGGUCUUGAAAGCAACGUCAGCUAGUUACAUUCCUUCGAAAUCGAAGGAACGCGGCACAGCUUCGAACCGGAAAGCAGCUUUUGCUAUACUUUCCAAUGGCUGGCACGCUAAAAUAGAGUAGAAGCGAAAAGCAGACGGAAGCUUGAGACAAAAACUAUCUAUGCGAAUAUACGUCAACGAUUGAUUUUAUUAGGCAAAACAAAUGUUACCAUAUAUGUGGAAAACAGUGCACCCAAUAUCGAUCAGAGCGGGUAUGUAAAUAUGAUAUAAUUCUAGACGAAAAUGGCAUUACAAAAUGAUGCCCAUUACUGAACGAUAAACAGACAUUUUUCAUUACUUUUGAAUCAACAAGAAGAUAGUAUAGUAAUUAUCAUUACCCUUACUCAUACUAUUAUUAUUACUGCAGUUAUUAUUUAGAUACCAUUAUAUUUGUAGCACUGAUGUUAUACGAAGCUGAGCGGCGGAAAUCGUAGAUAUACAGCUGAAGAAAACGAAGAUGAUUCAAAUUCGAUUUUUGACGUUUGAAAUGCACAAAGAGGACGGUCGCAAAGUGCUAUUCGAAGAUUGUGAAACUGUAUAAUAAUUAAACAAAUACAAUGUCAUUAUAUUAUUUAACAUUAGCUUUGUGCUCACUUUGUCCGAAUCAUGUUUGUUUGCUCUGAUUACGUUCAUUAGUAUACUAAAUCAAUAGAAAACUAGACGCAUUCAUGUUAUUAUGUUCCUUAGAAAAACAAAUUAAUUCUUACGAAUUGAAGUAUUAAAAAGAUUCGAUAGUUUUUCUCACAGGCACUGCUAACUGUAGAGGCCAAUUUGAGAAUUUACCCACGAGCCUAAACAGGCAUAUGUAUUUAAAAAGUGUAUUCAACCUUUCAAUCGGUGCUUACUCAAG